AUGAGUCUUGUAGCAUUAGUAUCGGCUUAUCUCGUGGGUGGAAUCACGUUUUUGCCGUUGGUUAUCUUUCUCUUUGUCUAUCUUCAUCCUGUAAUCCGAUCUGAAGUGUCUGAUUUUGAUUCCGCAGACUCAAGCGAGUACUUGAAAGCUGGCGAAAUAGAAGAGGAUAACCAAUCGGGACUAGACGCGUAUAAGGCCGGCUGGAUAUACGUUACUCAAGAAUAUCUAGAUUCUCCUGACGAUAUCAAUCUGACGACUCAAGCUAUCACUGAAUCCAAUGAUAACAAGUCAGCCUACUCCUCUCUUUUCAAGUUGGUGCAAAAGGAUAAUGAGAAGAAUGGAGAAAAGCAAACGAUUCGAGCCCGGUCUGACUCCUUUGAUACCACGGCUACUGCUAACACUAAUGUGAUAGAUAACUUCAACAUAGAGCCUGACGUGUUAUCUUCUACGACUUCAAUGGCCAAUAAUGUGCAACCCCCACAGCUCAAUUCUGCGAAUAGUACCAAUACUGAAAAACUCCGUAACUCUCAGAAGAAGCACCGCUAUUAUGCAAUUCUUAAACACGGCAACUUAUUUCUCUACAAGGAUGAGUUCUUGAAGGAUGUGCGACAUGUGAUCGUUUUAUCCAACUACUUCAUAUCCAUCUGGCCCCGGCAGUUGUCAGAUGGAACUCUUUUCACUAAGAGCUCGUCUAUUGCCAUUAUUAAGUCUUCCAAGCUAGCUUCUUUGAACUCGUAUACGGAGGAAGAAACCACACCUAAAGGGUCGUUCUUUCUUUAUACAGAUGUAAAUAUCGAUAAAGAAGACUGGUACUUUGCGCUUAUUAGGGCAACGAAGCUCUCCGCAAACAGCGAGCUUCACGACACAAUAGACCCUCAGAUAUACGCAAAGACCCUACAUUUCCAGACGAAGCACAUGAUCGACUUGAUCCAGACCCUCUAUAGCUCCGAAGGCCAGCUUCAGACUAAAUGGUUCAAUGCCUUAAUUGGUAGACUAUUUCUCUCUUUUCAGCAUACGCAUGUCCUCGAAAAUUAUUUGCGUACGAAAUUAUCUAAGAAACUAAACAAAAUCAAGAAGCCAGGCUUUCUCGAUAAGUUUCAGAUCAAAUCCAUCUCUGCAGGGGACUCUGCUCCUUUCUUGACCUAUCCUAGUCUUAAGGAGAUUUCUCCAGAUGGAACCGUAAUUGUCUCAAUGUAUGUUAGUUAUCAUGGAAACAUGUCGCUACAAAUCUCGACAAAGGCAAACAUUAACUUUGGUGUACGUUUCAAGCCACGGGAAGUCGACAUGCUUUUGAGUGUGACUUUGAGCAAAUUGGAAGGGCCCGUACUUAUCAAAAUCAAGCCUCCUCCGUCGGAAAGACUUUGGUAUACUUUUGAAACGGAACCGAUAAUGAACUUGAAGAUCGAACCCAUCAUCAGUUCUCGUCAAAUGUCAUACAACAUUAUUACCAACUCCAUUGAGAAAAAGUUCAAGGAAGCUGUCAAAGAUAGUCUUGUACUUCCUCAUUGGGAUGAUAUAGUCUUCUACGAUACUCUGGACGAAAUAUACCGUGGUGGGAUCUGGGAUCCAUCAGCAAGAGAAUCCAGUGGCGGUACAGAAGGAGAAGUUGAAACGAUUAAUUCAGCUGCCUCUUCAAACGAAGUUGAUAUUGACUUAGAUUCCAAAUCGGAAUUGACAUAUAGGAGCCCGAACAAGAAUAAGCUUACAAACACAUUGACAGAUUUGUCCUAUAGGAUCAAGAAGAAGACGUCUCACAUCUCUCCGACCAACUCCAGCAAUUUCAACAAUCUGUCAAAUACUCAAGAAGUGCCUUCAUCACCCAAUAAGAAUCUGGCUGCCAUGAAUACGCUCAAGAAAAUUGGUAAAUGGUAUUUUAAGGACGAUAAGGCGGUCAGCGAGGAGAAAUAUACCCCUCCGGAAAUGAUUCUGAAUCGGAGAAUUCCUCGAAAGACUUCUAAUGCU